AUGCAUCGAAGGCCCCGAGGCUCUAGCUCCGGCUCAGAGCAGCAGACCCAAGCCCGCGAUGCCCCGCUGCGGAUUUCAGUCGCCGACGACGAUGGCCUGAAAGACGAGUUUCCCGUCUCGGCCAAUGGCCAUGUCGAGCCCAAGGAAGGGGAAAAGAAAGAGGUCAUUGAUGCUGGCUUGAGGAGUCUAGAUCACUACAAGCGAGCCAUGCCAGCAUGGCGAUACCAACUCCGUCAGAGGGUACUACCUCUGGUACGAUGGGAGACGCCGUACCUCGCCUAUUUCCAGGAUACCAUGCGCACGCCUGCGCUCGAUAGCUACUUUGCGAUCACGGCCAACCUCGGCACGCACACGUUCUUCAUGAUCGGUCUCCCAAUACUGUUCUGGUGUGGGUUUCCAUCCUUUGGGAGGGGCCUCGUACACAUACUGGCAGAGGGUGUAUUCUUCUCGGGCUUCAUAAAAGAUAUGUUGUCGCUGCCACGACCGCUGUCGCCUCCACUACAUCGUAUCACCAUGUCUGGAUCCGUGGCUCUAGAGUAUGGGUUCCCCUCGACACACUCUGCUAAUGCGGUAUCCGUCGCCGUAUACGCCCUCCUCCUCCUGAGAUCUCCCGACUGCGCGUUCUCUGCAACGACCAAGAUCCUGCUUGAGUCACUGGGGUAUUUCUACGCUGCAUCCAUUAUCAUCGGGCGCCUGUACUGCGGCAUGCAUGGCUUUGCCGACGUUAUCUUUGGUUCUCUUCUCGGUGCUGUCAUAUCGCUGAUCGAAUUCUACCACGCGCCUGCCUUUGAGGAGUAUCUCCAUGCCAGUGGCUGGAUUGCACCCUUCACCGUGGCCCUCCUCAUCAUCAUCCUUGUCCGCGUGCACCCUGAACCAGCAGAUGACUGUCCCUGCUUCGACGACUCCGUCGCCUUCUCCGGCGUCAUGAUCGGCCUCGAGAUUGCCUCCUGGCGCAACGGGCCUGACUCCCUCACCGAGCCCUUCCCUUCCCUGAGCUGGCCCAUGACGAUUGCCCGGAUCGUGUUUGGGGUGUUGACAAUUAUCGCGUGGCGUGAGAGCAUGAAGCCCGCCCUGCUCAAGACCCUGCCGCAGCUCUUCAGAUUCAUCGAGAAGCUGGGCGUGUCCCUGCCCAGGCGAUUUUUUGUGCCGGCCUCCGAGUACAAGAAUAUUCCCAAUCUGCUCAAACUGCGCACCGAUAAUGUCUUGCCGACCAUGAGCGACUUCCCGCACUUCGUGAAGACGCUGCGCGCGCCAGCUAGAGGCCGGAGCGUGUCUGUCGGCCCGCAGUCGGCGGCCGAUGCGUACGAGGCGCUUGCGUAUCGGGAGAAGCGACGCAGGGAGAGCAUCGGGUCCAACGGGAGCUUUAACAAGGGUAGCCACGUGGACUUGCGCGAGAGCGGCGAGGACCAUGCCGGCCACAGCCCACCGCAGUAUGCCUCGGCGGGCAAGUCCACCGCGCUGGCGGAUUACGAGCAGCAGAUGGGACAGGGACGCGUGAUUCUGACGAGGUCGAGGACGGAUCGGUCACCGAGUCCCGCGACGCCCAUGGUCGUAGAAGAGUCGGAGGACAUGGAUCAGGAGGGCGUGGAGCUGUUCGCGCUGAGGGACGAGCAGGAUGAGCUUGGCGAGAGAGAGAUGUUUGAGAGGCUGGUUAAGCCUAGAGUAAGGUAUGACGUGGAAGUCGUCACAAAGCUCGUGGUCUAUACUGGUAUCGCGUGGCUCGCUGUUGAAGGCAUACCUUCGAUGCAUGAACUCGUCGGCUUGGGCGUCAGGCACCUCCAUGCCGGAUAG